AUGAAGCUGCUGGCCGCCGCGAUCGCCGCGAGCGAGAAUCCUCCAACGCCCAAAAAGGAUGCUCAUGCCAUGCCUUGCUUGACACAAAUGUGCACGCACAGCGCGGAAACGGCCACGCUUCAUGGUCUCGAGCACAACCAGCGCCUGGAGCUCAUUCGUCCGCAGACCCCGGUGGUACCACCGUCAACCACCCCCGCAGCAGUUUCGCCGCUGACCCGGGCUCGCGUGCGCGUUGUCCUGCACCGGGAUGCACCCACGCAUCGCAUGCUGCUCCCCCCGGCCCUGCUCCUCGCUCUCGACCUGGCUGAGAAUGAGCCCAUCUCUUGGACGGUUGCAGAGUCAGCGCCAGGUGCCUUUGCCCCCGCCACCCGCGUGGCCCUUCGAGGCCCUGCCCUGCGUGCUGCCGCCCUGCAGCGCGACCCUGCUCUGAAAUCCAGCCUCCACCAACUCCUUCUCGGUCAUGCCCUUGCCCCGGUCUGUUCAUUUCCCUCCCCUCCCCCGGCCUCUUCCCAGCGGGUUCUCCCCAUGGCCCUCGCUCUCAUGGCGCUCUCUGCUCAUGCCACACACCCAUCGGCACCCCGUCUGUCUAUGCUGCCCAUGCCCUCCCGUCGCCACCAGGGUUUGCUGGUGGAUGCUCAGGUCUGGGGCCUGCGCACCCGCCUUGAAAUAUGUGCCGUUGGCCUGGCCCGCCGCCCUAGUACCAAUGCCGGUGUCCAUGCAGGAACGUCCUCAAUCCCGCUGCACCAAGCCCUCCAUGACCUGACGCUCCAGCCGCCCGUCUCGGUGGAUAAAGCGCCUGCCCGGCCCUUCUGGGGUUUUGUGACCCCGAACACCCGACUCGAGUUUGUGGACGACAUUCCUGACCUUGCCGCCGGUGCUGGCGAUGAUGCCUUUGCCCUCGUCGGGGGCCUGGAACAGCAAAUUACCACACUCAAAGAACUCGUCAUGCUUACGCUCACAAAUCCCCAAGCCUACCACCAGCUGCACGUUCGGCCCCCCACCGGUGUCCUCAUGACAGGGCCCCCAGGCACUGGCAAAACGCUCUUGGCUCGUACCCUGGCUCGUGCCUGUGGUGUGCAUGUCGUACUGGCGGAUGUGACUGGACUCAUCUCGCGCGUUGCUGGCGAAACGGAGCAGCGCAUCACUGCUCUCUUUGACGAGGCCCGCAGCAAGGCCCCAAGUUUGGUGUUCAUUGAUGAGAUUGACGCUCUCUGCCCCAAUCGCGCCCAGGCUGCGUCGGAACUCGACCGCCGCAUCGUCACCAUGUUCCUCACGCUCAUGGAUGGGCUCUCCGCACGCACCACAUCCUGUCAGAUCCCCCUUGCCUGCCUUUCUCGGCCUCCGCGCGCGUACCAGCCUUUGACCCAUCACCCGUCCAAUUCAAGCCCACUCACCCACACACAAAAAUCCCAACUUGAUGCCCUUCCCACAAAUUGCACCGCAGCCCCCGUGGUCGUUUUGGCCGCCACCAACCGCCCCGACGCCUUGGAUCCAGCCCUGCGUCGCCCCGGCCGCUUUGACCGUGAACUUCACGUGGGUAUACCCACCGCGCCCCAACGCCAGGCCAUCCUCGAGGUUCUGCUGCAGCGAGUACCACACCAAGUCGACUCGGCCACGUUGGCCGACGUUGCUGCAAGAGCCCACGGCUACGUCGGCGCAGAUCUCACUGCCAUCAUUGCCACUGCUCGGCAAGAGGCGGUGGAGCGGCAUUUGGCCCAAGGUGAUUCAGGGAGUACUGCCCUGGCCCAAGUGUCCCUGACCAACCACGACCUGUUGCUGGGUCUGACCAAGGUACGGCCCAGCACCAUGCGUGAAAUCGCCAUCGAGGUGCCUCAAGUUCGGUGGGAAGACAUCGGGGGCCAGACCGAAACCAAGCGCCAGCUGAUUGAGGCCGUUGAAUGGCCCCUUAAGCGGCGCGAUGACUUUGCACGAUUUGGCAUCACCCCACCCCGUGGCAUCCUGCUCUAUGGACCACCCGGCUGCUCCAAAACCCUCAUGGCCAAGGCUUUGGCCACGGAGAGCGGCCUCAAUUUCAUUGCCGUCAAGGGUCCUGAACUCUUCAGCAAAUACGUGGGAGAGUCAGAACGCGCUGUUCGCGAAACCUUCCGACGAGCCCGAGCGGCUGCGCCAUGUGUCGUCUUUUUCGAUGAAAUCGACUCGCUUGGCGGCAAGCGUGGCAAGACGGGAGGUGGUGUUGGGGAUCGUGUCUUGAGUCAACUGCUGACAGAGUUGGACGGUGUCACGGCCCUCAACAAUGUCACCGUGCUGGCGGCCACCAAUCGUCCAGACCUCGUUGAUAAUGCCCUCCUGCGCCCUGGACGGUUUGACCGCCGCAUUUACGUGAGCCCUCCAGACGAGGCAGCGCGACAGCACAUUCUGGCCCGACAAUUGCAAAGCGUGCCCCAUGCCGAUAUUGACGUUGCGGCGCUGGUCGACGCGACAGCAGGUCUUUCAGGUGCCGAGGUAGCGGCGCUCAUUCGAUCAGCAUCGAUGCGUGCUUUGGUCCGCAGCGCGGACAAGAGCGCCGCCGUUGUAUCCCAGGCGGAUGUGGAAGCGGCGCUCAGCGACACAGCCCGCAGUAUCACACCUGCGAUGCUUGCUUUCUACGACGGCUAUCGCCGGCAAUACGCCGCUGUGCGGUGA